CAUAAGCAGUGGAGUGAGCAUCUCUGCAUUCACUGCUCCUGCUAAUGCAAAGGACUUUAAAUCAGUGGGACAAAAUGAGACCAGUGUCACCCUGCAGUGGAAAAAAGUGGAAAACAUCCUCACAUAUGUACUUGGGUCCAGUGACGGAGAAAUAGACGUCACUGCAGAAAUGGGAAAUGAAAUAGUUACACACGUAACAUCAGGACUCACCAAUGGGACAAAAUACAACUUCACUCUCUUCACCGUGUCUGGAAACGUCAGAAGCAGUGGAGUGACCAUCUCUGCAUUCACUGCUCCUGCUAAUGCAAAGGACUUUAAAUCAGUGGGACAAAAUGAGACCAGUGUCACCCUGCAGUGGAAAAAAGUGGAAAACAUCCUCACAUAUGUACUUGGGUCCAGUGACGGAGAAAUAGACGUCACUGCAGAAAUGGGAAAUGAAAUAGUUACACACGUAACAUCAGGACUCACCAAUGGGACAAAAUACAACUUCACUCUCUUCACCGUGUCUGGAAACGUCAGAAGCAGUGGAGUGACCAUCUCUGCAUUCACUGCUCCUGCUAAUGCAAAGGACUUUAAAUCAGUGGGACAAAAUGAGACCAGUGUCACCCUGCAGUGGAAAAAAGUGGAAAACAUCCUCACAUAUGUACUUGGGUCCAGUGACGGAGAAAUAGACGUCACUGCAGAAAUGGGAAAUGAAAUAGUUACACACGUAACAUCAGGACUCACCAAUGGGACAAAAUACAACUUCACUCUCUUCACCGUGUCUGGAAACGUCAGAAGCAGUGGAGUGACCAUCUCUGCAUUCACUGCUCCUGCUAAUGCAAAGGACUUUAAAUCAGUGGGACAAAAUGAGACCAGUGUCACCCUGCAGUGGAAAAAAGUGGAAAACAUCCUCACAUAUGUACUUGGGUCCAGUGACGGAGAAAUAGACGUCACUGCAGAAAUGGGAAAUGAAAUAGUUACACACGUAACAUCAGGACUCACCAAUGGGACAAAAUACAACUUCACUCUCUUCACCGUGUCUGGAAACGUCAGUAGCAGUGGAGUGACCAUCUCUGCAUUCACUGCUCCUGCUAAUGCAAAGGACUUUAAAUCAGUGGGACAAAAUGAGACCAGUGUCACCCUGCAGUGGAAAAAAGUGGAAAACAUCCUCACAUAUGUACUUGGGUCCAGUGACGGAGAAAUAGACGUCACUGCAGAAAUGGGAAAUGAAAUAGUUACACACGUAACAUCAGGACUCACCAAUGGGACAAAAUACAACUUCACUCUCUUCACCGUGUCUGGAAACGUCAGAAGCAGUGGAGUGACCAUCUCUGCAUUCACUGAGACACAUGCAAAAUGGGGAACAGCAGACUAAGAUACCUGGAUUCAGUCCUGCCAGAGAGUAUGUGGUGUCUCUAGAUUCGCUCUCUGGGGAUCAAGCAGUGAGAAGUUAUGAACCCUUCGUCUUUCUGUGUUCUACUGAUCCAAGGGGAAUCAUUACAGGGUCCGUGCUUGGGGGGCUGCUUCUUAUUGCCAUGGUCUGCACGGUUCUCUUCAUUUUGUUUAAACGGCCAGAAGUGAUCAAGUUGGUGCAGCCACAGUGACAAAACUGUAAUGUCUUCAAAGUCCCUGGCUUGUUCUCUGUCAGUGAACCUGCUUUUUUCCCAAAACAGAAAACACCAAUUCUGUACCACCGCAAAUAUGAAUUACCAGGAUGAUAUUACUCAAUCUGUACUUGAAGAUUAAAGAUUUCAAAGCCA